AUGAACGGGGGUGGAGGCGCCUCUGCCGGUCCCUCCGCGCAUCCCGCGUCACCAAAUGGCACCCCGCACCCCCAGCUCAACCCAUUCCUCACCACAUCAGCUCCGGCGUCCUUUCCACAAAAGUCCACUUCACCAUCCACUCAUCAUGUCUCACCACCCAAGGCGACCACAGCCAGCAAGACCUAUUCAGCCGAAGAGGUUUGGCUAAUCGGUCGCGAGCGCCUGCGUCCGAUCGCGAGAUUGUGCGGAGAGCUGCGGGACGCGUUCGACAACCAUGCAUAUCGGAACUGUCUGUGCGCAGUUGAAAAAGCGCACUACAAGAACAACCACUCGCCUACUGAGUUCCGCGAGGACCAGCUCCGUCCACGCCUGGAGCUCACACCAGGCGUGCCGCCGCCGCUUCCGCCUCUCCCCGAGUACCUUCCCUCUUACGAGGUCACGACGCAUGAAAUACGUCCAUUUUGCGACCGCCCGCUGCCGGCGAUCCCAACACCCGGGCCACGGCUGCGCGAGCUGCGCGAGGACAUCGUCGAGGUGCGCGACGUGGACGACGUUCCUUCGAUGCAUCCUGCAGCAUUAUGGGACAGCUCGGACUUCGUAUCAAUGGAGCUGGAAGACGACGACGAAGGCACCGUGAUCGGGCAAGUCGACGGUGCGCCCGUGAUCCGACUGUCCGCGCCCCCUCCGACACCUUUACAAGGCGGGCGCAUGCGGAAGCGCGGCGAGCGCGCGGACUCGACAUUCUCCGACGCGAGCUGGGCGCCGAGCGUUGCGCCAUCUUCUCCGAUUUCGGCGCGGACGGCACCUCCGCGUGCGAGUGCCAGUUCCUCCCAGCCAGUGAUCAAGGAGGAAACCCCUUUCAACGUGAGAGGUGGGACGCCGACACCCUCGACGCCGUCAAAACGCUCUCUCCGCCAGACACCCAGUCUCGAGCAACCGAUCCUCAUUCCGCCCGCGCCGCGGAAACGAGCCAAGCCGAUCUUCGCCAAGAACCAGAUCCUUCUCACCACCGUUCCGCUCCCCGACGGCCCGCUGCCCAUACCUAGCGCCAGCGCGCAGGGAGCGCAGCCCAUGCGCCUCGUCAAAAAGAGCGGCCGGCCGAGGGAGAUCCCGCAGCCGCUCGACUACAUCCUCGCCCGCGCCGAGGCGGCGCACAAGGCGAAGGCGGCUACUGUUGCGGACGCCGCGGCCGUUGUCGACUACAUCAAGCAGGAGAUCUCGGCCCCAAGCACACCGGCGGCCCCCUCCUUACCGCCCUCUUCCCAGCUCACGGCGACCCAGACUUCAUCGCAGGUCUCGCUUCCUGGUCCCUCCCAAUCGUCGCAGGCGUCGCAAAUGUUACCGCCGCCCACACUCCCGACGAACCCACGCCGCAUGCCCGCGCGAGGGAAGAGGAAGGAGCCUUCGCGGGACGACGCAGAGGUCGUCAGCCGUGCGGCGGAAGAAUGGGCCUACGCCAAAACCGGACGGUACUACGGCAUCUCGUUCUGGGAGCACAAGAUGGCGUUCGAGAAGGCUGCCGAAGAGCGGCGACUCGCAGCACUCGGCGGGGGACUCUUCGGACCCCCUCUUGCGACAGUGGCCCCUGCUUCUCAGCAACCAACCACCCAGUAUCCGCCUCCUCCAUAUCCACCUCCUCAAUACCCAGCCGCCAGUUCGCAAUACCCAGUCAUCACGCCCCGGCCACCCCUGUAA